GCUUAUUAUUACGAACGAAAUUUCUUAUUUCACGUCUUCUUUAACUAUAGGACGAUAUGUACCCAAACGGGCCAAAUAUACCAGUUAUUACCUCUAAAUUCAUGUUAUUUUGAAUCAUAGCCGAUAUCAUUUAUUGUGAAGUGUGAUUUGUGAAUCCUGAUCGAAAUUUUCUUCUUUUUGUACUUCAAACAAAAUUUAAAUUUAUCAUUUUCGUGUUGUUGUAAUAGAAUACAACUGCCGUUUGCAUUAUAAUAUUAAAUGUGAUAGAACAUUUACACACACACACACAUAUAUAUAUAAUAAUUAUAUAUAUAUAUAUUAUAUAUCAAUAGAAAACAUUUUUCAACGCCAUCACUUCUUUUUUUGAAACAACAGGACGAUUUCAUUUGUGCUUUAAAGUGUCUUUCCAUCAAUAACAAUGCCCAAGAAGAAAGUAAUUUCUCAUGAUGAACCUGUACCUGCAAGACCUCAUAGAAACAUGAAAGCCAAAGUAGUAUUUGAUCCAUCUGAUAAUCAUAUACCGAAGAAGAGAGCUAAAUAUUCUUAUAAAAAUGAUAAAUCUAUAGAAGUCACUACUGUAAGAAAAACUACAAGUGAUAGAAGAAGAAAACAAGAUACUACUAAGGCAAAAAGUCUUCGAGUUAAUUCUAUAACUGAAUCAUUAGAUAGUUCGUCAACUGAAAUCAACACUAUAUCUCCAGUAAAUUCUCCAGUAAAAAGUGCUACUCCUGAAGUAACUAAGGAAACAUUAUCAAAAAUGUGUUAUAUGUGUUCAAAAAUUUUAGAAAAUAAAGAAUUACUUGAUUGUCCAAUUUGUUUGAUCAAAGCUCAUAAAGACUGUCUAAUAGUGGAUGAGCCCGUGUGGAAGUUCAAAUUAGAUUUAAGUCCUUGGCUCUGUAAACAAUGCAGAAAACAAAACUGCAGUAAAUGUCUCAAAGACGAAGGCCUGAAGGUAAUGUAUCACUGUGUUUCUUGUGAUGUUGGAUUACACAGCAUUUGUUAUGAAUCAUAUGAAAUUAAACCUUUACAUAAAGUAGAACCUGAUAUGUAUGUAUGUAUCCCUUGCAUGACUUUGGCUACUCAAAUAAACCAAGAAGAAGUUGAAGUAUUUGAUAUUAAAGAUAAUGUUGAACAAUCACACACAUCUAGUAUUAUGUCUUUAUCGUCUGAUGAAGAUGACACUUGUUCUAGAAGUAAUAAAUCAUAUAGUUCAUCAGACUAUGAACAAUACGAUGAUUUCCAUGAUAAUGAUAUCCCAAAUGUAUUGAAAUGGAAUAAAGAUCAAUUGUUUGAAUAUUUAUCAGAACAUUUACCCAAAGAAAUUAUUGAUCAACUAAUUAAUUGCGAUAUUGAUGGUCGCUCUCUACAAUUACUUCAACGUGAUGAUAUCGUAUCAAACAUGGGUUUGAAACUUGGACAUGCAUUGAAAUUUUAUAAACAAGUGCGAAUUUUACAGUCUCAAAGUACAUUCAAUCGCUUAUUUUGGGAAUAA